UGGGCAGUGGCCACCAUGUUCUCGUGUGUGAAGCCCUAUGAGGACCAGAACUACUCAUCCCUGAAGCGGGCCUGUCUGCGCAGGAAGGUGCUCUUUGAGGACCCCCUCUUCCCGGCCACAGAUGACUCGCUUUACUAUAAGGGCGUCCCCGGACCCACUGUCAGGUGGAAGCGGCCCAAGGACAUCUGUGAGGACCCGCGCCUCUUUGUGGACGGCAUCAGCUCCCACGACCUGCACCAGGGCCAGGUGGGCAACUGCUGGUUCGUGGCGGCCUGCUCAUCACUCGCCUCCCGAGAGUCACUGUGGCAGAAGGUUAUCCCAGAUUGGAAAGACCAAGAGUGGGACCCCGAGAAGCCGGACGCCUACGCGGGCAUCUUCCACUUCCAUUUCUGGCGCUUCGGAGAGUGGGUGGAUGUGGUCAUCGAUGACCGGCUGCCCACGGUCAACAACCAGCUCAUCUAUUGCCACUCCAAUUCACGCAAUGAGUUCUGGUGUGCCCUGGUGGAGAAGGCCUAUGCCAAGCUAGCAGGCUGCUAUCAGGCUCUGGACGGAGGUAACACAGCGGACGCGCUGGUAGACUUCACGGGUGGCGUGUCUGAGCCCAUCGAUCUGACCGAGGGUGACUUAGCCAAUGAUGAGGCCAAGAGGAACCAGCUCUUUGAGCGCGUGUUGAAGGUGCAUAGCCGGGGAGGCCUCAUCAGCGCCUCCAUCAAGGCAGUGACCGCAGCCGACAUGGAGGCCCGUCUGGCGUGUGGCCUGGUGAAGGGCCAUGCCUAUGCCGUCACUGAUGUGCGCAAGGUGCGCCUGGGCCACGGCCUGUUGGCCUUCUUCAAGUCAGAGAAGCUGGACAUGAUCCGCCUGCGCAACCCUUGGGGCGAACGGGAGUGGAACGGGCCCUGGAGCGACACCUCAGAAGAGUGGCAGAAGGUGAGCAAGAGUGAGCGAGAGAAAAUGGGUGUCACCGUGCAGGAUGACGGCGAGUUCUGGAUGACCUUCGAGGACGUGUGCCGGUACUUCACCGACAUCAUCAAGUGCCGCCUCAUCAACACAUCCUACCUCAGCAUCCACAAGACGUGGGAGGAGGCCCGGCUGCGAGGUGCCUGGACGCGGAAUGAGGACCCACAGCUGAACCGCAGCGGGGGCUGUAUCAACCACAAGGACACUUUCUUCCAGAACCCACAGUACAUCUUUGAGGUCAGGAAGCCAGAGGACGAGGUGCUCAUCUGUAUCCAGCAGCGGCCCAAGCGGUCCACCCGCCAGGAGGGCAAGGGCGAGAACCUGGCCAUUGGCUUCGACAUCUACAAGGUGGAGGAGAACCGGCAGUACCGCAUGCACAGCCUGCAGCAUAAGGCGGCCAGCUCCAUCUACAUCAACUCGCGCAGCGUGUUCCUGCGGACCGACCAGCCCGAGGGCCACUACGUCAUCAUCCCCACCACUUUCGAUCCAGGCCACACCGGCGAGUUCCUGCUCCGUGUCUUCACUGAUGUGCCCUCCAAUUGCCGGGAGCUGUGUCUGGAUGCACCCCCUCACUCCUGCUGGAGCUCCCUGUGUGGCUACCCUAAGAUGGUGACCCAGGUGCAUGUCCGGGGAGCUGCUGGCCUUAAGGACUCCUCAACAGGGGCCAACUCUUAUGUGAUCAUCAAGUGUGAGGGAGACAAAGUCCGCUCAACUGUGCAGAAAGCUACCUCGACACCCGAGUAUAACGUGAAAGGCAUCUUCUACCGCAAGAAGCCAGACACGCCCAUCACGGUUCAGGUCUGGAACCACCGAGUGCUGAAGGAUGAGUUUCUGGGCCAGGUGCACCUGAAGGCUGACCCCGACGACCUCCAGGCCCUGCACACCCUCCACCUCCGGGAUCGCAGCAGCCGGCAGCCCAGCGACCUGCCGGGCACCAUUGCUGUGAGCGUCCUCAGCAGUGCCUCCCUCACGGCUGUCUGAUGCCACCCCCUGCCUGUCCCAGAACUUUCACCAUAUCUGCAUGUCCCCACCAGGCCAGCAACUAGCCGGGGAGCCAAGAUUUGGGGGUUCUUUCCGCAGCUCUUCUGACUCGCUGUGUGACUGGGCGGCCUCCAAUCCACAGUCUCCUGAGGGCUCCAAACCUCCCUUCUCACGGAGGACUCUUAGCUGAGAUUUAAAGUGGCCCUACCCACCCCAUCUGUCACCUGUACUAAGAGACUCUCUGUUGAAAGUUCUCACUCCCAAGUCCUGCUGUCUGCUGAUGGAGUGCCAAGAUGUCACUUG